CUAUUUAAAACUUAAAAAAAUCUAUGAAACGACAGCCAGCUGUGCUCACCAGCUACUUUCUACAGGUGCAGGCCCUCAACAAUGCUGAGAUGCUCUGUUGAGGGGGAGUCUACAGGAUCUCAGACUCAAGCGCAUCCUUCUCCAACCUGUGGCCACAGCGACUGCGUGACCGUCAAGGCCCGAGCCCGCUCUUAUCGCCUCUUAACACGGGUCCGAUUGUCCUCUGACGCACUCCAAGGUCAGCGACGUCGAUGGCUGCAGCUAUUGCCACAGAAGCCGUGCGGGCUCCUGCCAAAUCAAUGUGACCUGCUGAAUCAGAGGUGACCCGCUGCAGCCAAAGUCAACAUCCGCUCAGCCAGCGGCAAAUUGACAGGAUUUCAUCCGAAGAAACGCACAAUUGGUUUUAGCUGCUUCCUUAUACUCCAAGCAAGCAUAUAAUGUGUGGAUGAUAGAUAUGAAUAGUUGUUGGUUGUUGUUAUUACCUAUAAACAUGUUGUUGUCUUUUAUAUACAUGCUUGAAAUACAUAAAUAAAUAAAUAAUACAAUUUUUAAAAAAAUGCAGGCAACGAGGAAAAAUGAAACCUGUACCGCUUAUUUCCGCUACUGUUUCUUAGUAAAUCCAUGUUCCAAUUUCCACGUAUUUCAAGAGACAACACCUGGUAUCUGCAGAACAGCGCCGCACCCACGGGGCAUCACGCUGUCGAAACCACGAGUGCUUUGUCCGACUGCGGGGCUUUUUCAACAGAGUGGAUCCACCCAUCCUUCCACGCAUCCAUCAGCAGAGUUACAGGAAACAUUACAUGAACUGCGCUCCUCCCGUCUCGGGUGGAAGAUGAACGCGAUGAACGCGCAAUGAAACUCUAUGAAUGAAUGAAUGAAUGUUGUUGACAGCCGUGCAGAAGAUUCGGCGUGACACGUGUGUGCGAGCAGACAAUCGGGUAUCGUGGUAAAUAAACAUUGGUUAUGCAAAGGCCUUGGUUCGAGAGACUCUUGGUUGUUGACUAUGGGGGCAGACGCCUCACUUUACAUGCGCUGCUCGAGUCUCGUGGAAAAACUCCCAACUCCUAAAACUCAUCUUUUGUUGAGACACCGAUCAUUCUGAUUCCAACUCAGCGUUUUUUUUUACUUUUAAUAGUUUAUUUAAAUGAAAUCAUUUUUAUCAUUAGUUCUUGUUAUUAUUUCAUUCAACUCGUGUUACCGUGUUAUUAGGUUCAACCCUCUUCCGACCCACUGCCUUCCGCAAUCUGCCAGCAUUCUUCUCUGCGGCGUUCGGCGCGGUGCCUUCUGUUUAACAAUGCGCUGGACGUGAGACCAGACACCGUCACAUGUUCAUUAUCCUCCUGUUCGGCUCGGAGCAACGGGAGAACAGUCGCUGUCUCGGAUUUCUGGCUGGAACCCAACUCCGCUGGAGGAGUUAGUCCAGAGCAGGACGGGACGGGAGCGGAACCCAGGCCCGGUCCGGUUCACAGAUGCAGAUUUGGGUUUUAACCAUGUUCGGCCUCAAAGGAAACAGGUGCACACCCGUGGUGCAAGGACUGAUCCUCUGGGUUUUAUUCACCAACAUCAUGCUGGUGCUGUACAGCUUGACGAACUCCGCGCAAGCAAAGAAAAGGGUCUAUGAGGAUACGUGUCCUCUCGCUGUGGGAAGACUGGUAACCAACGCGACCGCUCCCUCUCGCAGCACAAAGCCCCAGUCAGCGUGCUCCCCCGCGCACAACAUCAUGUUCAUGAAGACCCACAAAACUGCCAGCAGCACCAUACUCAACAUCCUCUUCAGGUUCGGGGAGAAGCACAGGCUCAGGUUCGCCUUCCCCGACGGCCGCAACGACUUCUUCUACCCGUCGCCGUUCCAGUGCUCCCAGGUGAAGGACUACAGGCCGGGGGCGUGUUUCAACAUCCUCUGCAACCACAUGCGCUUCAACCGUGGAGAAGUGGCCAAGCUGCUGCCUCCGGACGCCGUGUACGUCACCAUCCUGCGCCACCCAGCGGACCUGUUUGAGUCCUCCUUCCAUUAUUACCACAGAACUGUUCCCUUCACGUGGAGAUUGAAGGGAGACAACAAACUGGCAGAGUUUCUAAAAAGGCCUCAGGACUUCUACAGCCCGGACUCGUACAACUCAUUUUAUCUUAAAAAUCUGCUUUUUUUUGACUUUGGACUUGAUAACAACCUUGAAGCCGAUGAUCCCCGAGUUCCCAUGUAUAUUGACAACUUAACGAAACAUUUUGAUUUGGUCCUUAUAGCAGAAUAUUUCGAGGAGUCUCUCAUCCUGCUUAAGGACAGGCUCUGCUGGACUAUGGAGGACAUUCUGUAUUUUAAGCUGAAUGCCCGCAAAGGCUCAUCUGUGUCUCAGCUGACCCCUGAGCAAAGAGCCGCGGCCUUAGCGUGGAACGGAGCCGACUGGAAACUCUAUCGGCACUUUACUGCCAUCUUCUGGGCCAGAGUAGAGGCAUACGGCAGAGACAGGAUGAGACGCGAGGUGGAGGAGCUGAGGAGGAGGAAUGCUGAGAUGAAGGCUCUCUGUGUUGAGGGUGGGGAUGCCGUCGAAGCGGAAAAGAUUCGGGACCGGCAUUUCCAGCCGUGGCAGCCAGUCGGAGAGUCGUCCAUCCUCGGUUACAACGUGAAGGCAGAUGUUGAUCCUCAGUUCAAACUAUUUUGUGAAAAAAUGCUCACGCCUGAAAUACAGUACUUAUCUGACUUGGGUGUAAGCCUGUGGGUUACUAGUCUAUGGGGGUGGGUAAAAGAUGCUGUUUUCACAGUUUGAUUUGAAGUACUUAUUUAGUGUGAGCUGUGAAACAUCCAUCCAUCCAUCCAUUUUCCAAGCCGCUUAUUCCCAUAUGUGGGGUUACGGGGGUGCUGGAGCCUAACCCAGCUGGCUAUGGGCGAGAUCUGUGAAACAUUUAAGGUUUUAUGAUUCAGGGUGUUUUGAGGCCUGAAAUGUGAAACCAGUCACUAAAAUCGCUGCAGAGGAUGCAGCUCAGGAAGUUUUACUUGCUUCCUAUGGUGCUAUGUGGGAACUAUGAGAUACCCACACGCAAGAGUGCUCGUGCCCACAGGCCAUCACUCAGAGAAGCAGUAAUGGCUUAAAUCAUUGUCUGUGAAAUAACUAUGAAACAAGCAACGUUCCUAGAAAAAAUAUCUAAAAAGAAGUAUGAAACCAACACAGUGCAACAAGAUUUAUGUCUCAUUAGUAAUGUGCUAAAUAACCUUCAAGCAGACAGUAUAAUGAAGAUUGUAAAAAUAUCAUAUUGUAUGUUUUAUACUGUGUAUAUAUAUCCACAAACCAUAAUGUAUGCAAAAAUACCUAAAAAACUAAAUGUUUGUUUACAUAACUUUGAAUCUUUUUUUCUCAUUCACCUGCUUUGACUUGUCGCCUGUUUUGUGGAUAACCCUAUUUUAUUUGACCUGACAUGCAGUCGAGUUCCUCUGGAUUGCCUGUACAUGCGGGUACUAAAAUGGAUGGUCGUCUGUCUGUGACGUGUCCAGGGUUUUCCCUGUCUCCUGCUCAAAUCACAGCUGGGAUUGUCUCCAGCAUCUCUCAUAAAGCGAUUGGAGAUUAGUGAGAAUUAUGUACCAAGAGACUGAACCUUUACUAAAAGGGAAACCAUAACCAAGACCCCAGGGGUCUUAUUAGUAGUGACAAGCACAAUUUAAAAUUUCUUUUAUUACUUAGUGAAAAUUGAGAGAGCCCACAUAACCAAAUUGUACAAUGAUAUUACUGGUAAUUAUUAUUUUUGGCUGUUGGUUGUAUUAUGUUUAGCUUUUGAUGUUUCUAUAUAUACAUAUUUAUCCCCCCUCCACUCCAAUCUACCUGUCCAAUCCUAAGGGUGACAUUCAGAUAACAGAUUAAAAUAGAUAUCAAUUAACAGGACUAUUGUCUAUAAAUGCUCUUUCUGAAAAAGCAAAUCUGUUCAUGACAACAUGGCGUUUUACAGUGAAACACCUGAACCCUCAGGACAUAGAUGUUACCCUAAAGAGAAACUGGUUUUGCCCAUUUGUAGAAUACAAAUAUAAACCAGUGGAAUCUACUAAUAGAGCAGAUACAUAGAAGCAAUGUUUUGUACAGUAUUGUGUCAAUGAGCCAUGAUGUACUGCUAGAAAUGUACUGUAAAUACUGCACUACUGCAAUAAAGUUACACCCACAGGUCUAGUCUA